AUGCCCGUUCCUGGUCUAUCACGUGAGUCUGACUGGUUCAAUAACUACAAGUUGAACCGUGACACCGUCAAGCAGAGGGCGCAAGGUAAUGCCGUGCUCUACGGGUUCCCUGCGUCCUUCUACAACUCAAGUCUUGACUAUCCCGCAUCGUCGCGCCGGCGCGUAGACCUUCCAGCAAACUCUACAGAAAAGGGCCAUGAGUUGCAAGCACUACCGGAGGGGACCAAGAUCAGGAAUGCCACACUUCCGUAUUUUCGCAUUACCAACAUCACUUGGAUCGACUAUGAAGACAGAUUCGAUCAAUUCUUCAAUGAAUCAAGAUCGCUCGGUUCCUUCACCAAUGUCGACCCGAAAUCACAACCGCUAAAUAUCUUAGCCCGCUUCAUUCCCUCCGAAGCAGCCAUUUUGGAUUGGGAUCUGCGAGUCCAGAUAGGUGACCUGGACACCUGGCCGGAGCCUGCAAUUAUAAACAAGACGUACACGAUGGGUCUGCUGGUCAAUCGGCGAGAAAACGAACCAAAGAUCGGCAAUUGCUCAUCAGAGAGUUAUACAUAUGGAAAGCUUCCGGACAAGAAACAGAGAAGAGACGGGAUUUGGAACACGAUCGCCGACCACGUUGCCGAGAACUGCUAUCUGUUCGCCAACAUAACCGUGCUCGCUGGCGUUACAGAGUGCCGCCAAUGCUCUCUCGCACCCGGGGGUAUCAUGCAGCAAAAACAAGACUUCCACACAACAAAGGUGCGCCCCGAUCCGCUCGUCGACCUGGCCUUCCGAAUUCAGCCGGAGAUCAUGUUCGCAUUGACCGAUAUGAACGCAAUGAAUGGCCGUACUUGGGACAAUCUUGACGGACAUGUCGCUGGGUCUUGGUCGGCCGGGUUCCAGGCUUCUUGGAACGCUCUAAACGAUUAUUUCGAGGUUGAUCAGGCAGAAACAACCGUAGAGCUCCCUGUGACUUCUGUCCAAGCUCGGGUGUCAUCUAAUCGCAUCUAUGCGUGGAUGGCUAUGCAGCUGCUGUUGUCAGUCUCUGGGGUCUUGCUCGCCUUUGUGCAGUCUCGUUGUGAGGGCAAGCCGGUGGGAUGCUUUGUCUCGACGUGUUUGCUGACGGAUCCAACCGAGGUUUAUCAGGAUCCUGGAGCGGACAAAAAGUCCCAACUGGAGGAAGAUUACAGCAACAUUCCAGCGGUUGGGAUACUCUACGGGCCGAAUGGAUCAUCGAACUCGGGCUACCGAGUGCUGCAAAGAAAGUCUCUUCGAGCUCGGGACUCGGCCAGUACGGAAUCUAUGCGGGAGGAGAGCUCUGUUACCCAAAUCAGUCAAAGGGCAGGGUCUGUGUCUGUAGAAGAAUUUGAAAUGUCUCCAUACAGCGUGGAGCAAGAUCGGUCCUCCUCGCGAACACACAUUUUGUAG